AUGGGGGUCCAGGAGUGGAACGUUACUGAGCCCUACCUCGAAAUCCCCUGCUCCCUCGGCGAAGGCCCUCACUACCACGCCCCCUCACACACGCUCCGCUUCCUCGACAUCAACAACCGCCAGCUCCACCUGCUGGACCUUCGCGCCGGCCCUUCCUCCCUCCGUACCAUCUCCACCUCGAUGCCCGUAGGCGUGACUGCCGACCUUGCCGGCGUCGACCCCACCCACGAAAUUCUCUGCGGCGCCAAAGACGGCGUCACGCGCUUCGACCUGCGCACGGGACAGCACGCGUACGUGGCACGCUUCUGGCAAAAUGUGACGGAUGAGCAGGAGCAGCAGGACCGCACGCGCCGGUUCCGCGCGAAUGACGGCGGCGUGGAUUCGAGGGGCAGGUUCUGGGUCGAGGCGUUUGUGGAUCCGACGGUUGGGGAGCCGGAUCGGGAUGGGUGUUUGAUGCGGUUGGAUGGGUUUGAUGGACGGAAAGGAAAAUUGACGACCGUGUUGGAGGGGGUGACGAUUCCGAAUGGGAUUAGUUGGAGUGAGGAUGAUGGGACCAUGUUCUUUACGGAUAGCCCGAGGCAGGAGGUGGGGAGGUUUGAGUAUGUGGCGGGGACCGGGGAGGUGGGGGAGAGGAAGGUGUUGUAUCGGCAUGAGGUGGAGGGCGAGUUUCCUGAUGGGCAUGUCAUGGACGUGGAGGGGAAUAUUUGGCAUGCGGUUUAUGGGGGUGCGAAGGUCAUCAGGAUUAGUCCGCAGGGGGAGGUUACGGGCGUGGUGAGGUUGCCGGUCAAGAACGUUACGUGUCCGGUGUUUGUGGGCACCGAGUUGUAUAUCACGACGGCCAAGGAUGAGGAUGGGGGCAAGUGGGCGGGAAGUCUGUUCAGGUGCGAGGUUGGGGUGGAGGGGGUGAAGAAGAGGGAGGUUUGCUUCGAGUGA